AUGUGUCCAAACAGUAAUAACUCACUGCUGGCAUUUCCAGGGCGCAAAACUGGCCAUGUCCAGUUGGUGGAUUUGGCUAAUACUGAAAAGUCCCCACUGGACAUUCCAGCUCAUGAGGCGGCACUUAGUUGUAUUGCAUUAAAUUUACAAGGAACUCGUCUAGGCACAGCAUCAGAGAAGGGAACUUUAAUUCGUGUGUUUGACACUUCAGACUGUACACAGCUCCAUGAACUACGCCGAGGAGCAAACAGUGCUCAUAUAUAUUGUUUAAAUUUUAAUCAAGAUUCAACAUUGCUUUGUGUGUCCAGUGAUCACGGCACUGUCCAUAUUUUCUCUUGUGAGGACCCCAAGAAAAAUAAACAAUCAAGCUUAGCCUCGGCCAGUUUCCUGCCAAAAUACUUCAGUUCCAAAUGGAGCUUUUCUAAGUUCCAAGUUCCGGGGGCAGCCACGCAAUGUAUUUGUGCCUUUGGGUCUGAUAACAAUUCUGUGAUUGUUGUGUGUGCUGAUGGUAGCUACUACAAAUUCUCUUUUAAUAACAAAGGAGACUGCACGAGAGAAUUAUUUCUUUUAGUUAUUUCUUUCUCUCAAUUUCUUCAUCUCACCACCCCUCCCUCUCCCUCUCUCUCCCUCUCCCUCCUCUCCUCUCCCCUCCCUCUCUCCCUCUCCCUCUCCUCUCCCCCUCCCUCCCUCUCCCUCUCCCCCCCCUCCCUCCCCUCUCUCCAUCUCCCCACCCCUCCCCUCUCUCCCCCUCUCUACCCCCCCUCUCUCAUAUAUAUCUCUCUCUCUCUCUCUCUCUUUCUUUGUCUCUCUUUCUUUGUCUCUCUCUCUCUCUCGUUUUUUACUCUUACUAUCUCUCUCUCUCUCUCUCUCUCUCUCUCUCUCUCUCUCUCUCUCUCUCUCUAUCCCUGUCUUCUGUCUCUAUCCAUCUAUCUCUCUCGCCAAUGA